AUGGUUUGUGUGGGUUCCGAAUCACUGAGACAUUUUGAUUUAAGCAUUAAUCGUCCAGAUCACAUUAACUUGGGUACGCUUGGAACUACUGUUGGACAUGAAAUAGGGCACAGCAUUUAUGUUUCUUACAAUGCUGUUAAUAAAUUCGAAAUAAAAGACAACGAAUGGAGUAUUUUGGCAGAUAAAAAAUUUAAGGAAACAGAAGAGUGCUUUAUUGAACAAUACUCGAAUUAUUCUCAUGGAGUAACUGGAGUAAAACUAAACGGUUCAAUGUAUUUGCAAGAAAAUAUUGCUGACAAUAUUGGUAUAAAAGUUGCGUAUUCAGUCUACCAAGACUGGGUAAAAAAAAAUGGACCUGAACCAACUUAUUCGAGCUUGCCUUAUAAUUCGAACCAAUUGUUUUGGCUAUCCUACGCAAAUACAUAUUGCACAUCAAAGUCAUCAUUGGAUAAAGUGAAUUCGGCCAAUAAGCAUGCUCCUUACGAUAAACGCAUUAAUGUGCCGCUUUCAAACGCCCCAGAAUUUUCAAGAGAUUUCAAAUGUCCCUUGGGCCGUAACAUGAAUCCCGCAAUUUCCAAUCUAUUUCAUCAAAUGUAA